CGACUGCAGUUCUGUUUCAUGAGACGAGAGGCCUUCCACGUCACGUCUUGCUGCCUAUUGUGCACGCUGCGGGCAAUGGUGGCGCACAUAGAACUCAUCUUGGCAAGCUUGUCGGAUGGCUGAAUUGGUUCUCAAUCUCAGACUCAGUGAUUGGACUCUGGAUUUCAAUUUCUGUUGACCUGGAGUUGCACAGACGUAACCAAGGGACAUUACGAAUGAAUAGGCCUGGGUUCCACCAGAGGCAGUUCGUGCUACGCUGCAAGCUCUCAGUGAUCCGAUCAGCUCCUCAACAAAGACCACGAGUGUCGCACCCCAUGCCUUCGUCAGCUUUGUGGCCACUGAGUCUUGUCAUGCUCGUCCUGGAGAGGCCGCUGCCCUCCUCAACUCUAAAGGGUCGAGAAUGGAGACUUUGAGCCACAUCUCGACCCAGCUGCCCUCCACUGGACAUGCAAGCCAUCUUCUUAACCGUCCUCUUGGCCGUCGAUGCACUGUACGCAUACCAUAGGCUCGACAGAUAGAUCCGUUGGUGCUUGCACGAGCCGUGUUAUAAAAAGAGCAGUCAUACCUAUAAUUUCAACAGCUCAAACUCGCGCAAAUCUGUUCGAAGAUGGCCACUCAAGAUCAAAUCUAUCUGGGCUUAUGGACGAACUGGAGCUUCGGCCAGAUACAAGGUGCUACUCUUACACUUACUCAUCGAGAUGGGGCUUUCUUGGUUGCUUUUCUGGCGCUCUUCGUUCGGAUCACCGGAGGCCAUGCCUGGCAAUUGCUGUGCUGGAUAAUAUUCCAGUUCCGAGCAGAAGCCCAGACUUUCGUGUCCAGCUCAACAUCGCAGUCGGCCCAGCAGUUAGCAAUCCUUCGAAAUAGCAGCUCUGCAACAAGCGCUAUACACGAUGUGUAUCUCGCAGACCGAAAAUGGACAAAAAGGGACGGGUAUCGCGCUUGCAGAUCCUCGACACUCAUCUUUCUUGCGCUGCUGAAUGUACUCGGCUUCGGCGCUGCAGCGGUAUUCUCAUCCAAGGUCACCAGUUCAAGCUCGGAUGUGUUGCGAAAACCAGGACGAUGUGGGAUAUGGCCGACCGUGACCCUCAACGAUCUGAACGAGACUGAGGCAGGUUUGCGACUUCAAGAUGAAUAUCAGACACAGCAAUUGGCGGAGGUUGAGAAUUUCCGGGCGGCACUUUCACUGAGCCAAGCUUGCUUCGAUGUCCAGCGGCAGUCUAAUUCCAGCGCGCCGUGUACAUCGCCUGGCUUGCAAGCUAUUCCAUGGACCUUCAAUUCGAGCGACGAGUGUCCUUUCGGCCAGGAAUUGUGUACUUCAAACAGCGUCACCUUUGACUCGGGCAUGAUAGAUACCCAGCUGCAUCUUGGGAUCAACUCGCGGACACAUGAUCGCCUUCAUUAUAGGGCGAACAUGACGUGCGCGCCUCUGGAUCUGUCCUCAUAUGAAAAGCGCUACACCGCCAAGAAUAUCAGCACGUUGUGGCCCGACUAUACGAUAACGCCUGGCAAUCAUUCAGACCACCCUCUAGAUCGCAUUCUUGCACGCUCCAACACCAGUACAUUCACGGCUUACUUCCUUGGCGAGUCGCUCCAUCGUAGAGACGAUGGCAUGUUGGCUACUUACUAUGUCACAUCAGGCGGCAGACGAGCGCUCACUAGCGGCUCACCACACCUCGAGGUUCCGUACAUGCUGCAGGCUCACACUCGCGAGAUUGACGGCAAUGGGACAUUCGAUGCGAUACCCGACUUGACCAGCGCGGCAUCAGAUACAUUGCUGGUGUUCUUGCAUAAUCGCGUCUUCUUCACGAGACCUGUCCGAGACCCGCUAUUCAAAGCCACUCGUGCUACAGAUUUUCCUACAGACUCCGUCCUACUGGAGGGGUCAACGGCAAAUGUUACAGCAUACGUCGCGAACGAAGACUCGGAUCGGACUGUCUCUAGCACUGCAGUCGCGUGUUUCUCAGACACGACGUACUGCAACCCUGCACUUCCUGAUCAGCCAUGCGUUCACAGUCUCCGGAAGAAAGGCAUUCGAUCUCUACUGUUGACGCCAACACAGCAACAGAUCUUGGACCGAAUCCACGCUCCCAAGGUGGCGUCAAUGGCGCGAUUGAUAAAGACUCUUGGAGCACAGAGUAUGCUCGCAAGCAGAUCUAUUAGGCGACGAAACAGUCCGGGGCUGCCUGAUGAUCAGUGGAUACUUGAGCUGGGAAAUUGGUUCUCGACACUAUUGUUCAGAGAACAACUUUUAGCGAGACGAUUCGCCACUGGGUACCGGAACCAACAAUACAACGAAUUCAUUGUGGCUCCAGAGCCCGAAAGCGAGUGGAUGUGCCGCGCACAGAUGACCCGAAGCAGUGACCACUCAUCCUUCAGCGUCCUGGGACUCGCAAUUAUCCUCAUCCUUGGUAGCUUGAUUAUCAUCGCCAAUCUCACACUCGCCAGCAUCGUGGACUGGAUUCGUGCAAGACAGAAGAAUAAUCCUGGGGGCAGAUUCCGUACCCAGCAGUGGAAAGAGAUGGAGUUGUUGGCAUUGCAUGAGAAAGCUUAUGGUCACGAAGCAGGAAUCGUGAUGGAUACUGGCUCAUUCACUGCACCGUCUGGAAAGAGCUUGACGCUGACAACGGUCGGGAGAAGUUCUUCAGACGAGUACGUUGGUGGUCGGCCAACACAUUCGCACACUUACGGCCGCAUCAGCAACGCCACCGUCAUCCUGUAUCCAACCAAUUGCGGCAGUUUCACUGAAGCUUUUUACAACGGUCUCAACGAGAUAAGCUAUGUUCUCCCUGUUGGAAACCGGCUCAUACCUGGGUAUAUAGGGUAUCUUCUCGCUGAACCGGAAGCUAGAUUUAUCCACACCAUUAUUCUGAUCCAUGGAUUUCCUGAUCUAUCUGCCGGAUGGCGUUAUCAAAUCCCAUUCUUCGUCGAGCAUGGAUUCCGAGUGAUUGUGCCUGAUUGCAUUGGAUACGGACGUUCGGAUGCGCCAACGGAUAGCCUCCAGCCGUACACGUUCAAGUCUCAGGUCGAUGAUUUCUAUGAACUAUGCAAGUCGCUAGGCUGCGAGAGUGUCAUCGUUGCUGGGCAUGACUGGGGCAGCAUCAUGGCAACUCACUUCACACUAUGGUAUCCCUCUUUCGUCACACAUCUGGUAACCGUCGCGGUUCCUUUCUUCCCGCCAUCAAAGGAUUACGUCCCACUGGAUGUACUCAUCAAGCACAUGCCCUUGCUGGGAUACCAAUUACAAUGGGGCAGCGCGGAAGGUGUCGUCGAGAAUUUUACAAAAGACGAGGACGGAAUGCGCACAUUUCUGCGAGCCGCGUACGGAGGGUUGACUCCUGAAGGAGAGUACCCAUUUACUCCUAAGAACGGAUACGACUUGAACCGUCUUCCAAGCGUCGGUGAUCCGGCACUGUUGGAUGUUAAGGAACUGGACUACUAUGUUCAAGAGUUCUCGCGAAAUGGAAUGCGAGGACCAUGCAACUACUACCGCACCACCCAAGCCAAUUUCGAGGCCACCAGACCUCUCCUGGACCGUGUGGAUGGCGGACGUCUCAAAGUUCCGUACCUGUUCGUGCGUGCUAUGGACGAUAUUCUCGUUACGGACGAAUGGGUCGCGUUCAUGGUUCAGCAUGUUGACCAGCCUGUCGUUAAGGAGGUUGAUGCUGGGCAUUGGGCACUUUGGGAAAAGCCGAAGGAAGUCAACGAAGUGCUAAGAGAGUGGUUGGAAAGUCAGAAUUUUUUGUCGAGUGGGAAGUAG